ACCCUCCUCCUCCUCCUCCUUCUUAACGGCCACGACCAUCUGCCGCCUCUUUUUGUAAUUUCUAACCCAGCAGAUUAUUUCCCUCAGACGUCUACUUGCACUUGACACAACCCCAAACAUCGCCUCACGGGAGCAGCUGCGCAGAGGCGCGGUGGUGACAGAGGGGAGCCCUCCGCGCUCCGUGCACGCAGUCGGCACAGCGGCGCAGGAGGAGAACCGGGGUGCCGCGUACAUGCGACCCGACGCCGCUGGGUCGUAAAGACGGAUUUGAAUUAAGCACCGGAUAACAAACAGCAACUCUGCAGCCUUCGGCCGGGGAGGGAGGGAGGGCAGGCAACUGUUUAGUGGAUCUUGGAAACCCUGGGUGAGGUGAGGGGAGGGAGGGAGGAGCGGAGAAUGAGCUAUUCUUGUACCAGCAGAGGCAGCAGCCAGGACCCAUCAAGCGCUAAUCCAGCCAGAACCACCGGAGGUACCGACGGCGGCACGGACAGCACCGGCGGCCCCAAGCAAACGGCGGCGAUGAAAGUGAAGAAAGGCUGCAACUCGGCCGACGUUGAGGUCCCGGUGACCACGGAGGAGGAGCUGCUGGGGAGGACGGCGAUCACUCCGGAGGAUGUUCUGGGCUUGCAGAAGAUCACAGAGCAUUAUCUAUGCAGCCCGGAUGAGAAUGUUUACAACAUCGACUUCACAAGGUUCAAGAUCAGAGACAUGGAGACGGGCACCGUGCUGUUUGAGAUCACCAAACCUCCGUCCACAGAUAAAGCAGGAGAGAAGAGGGACAUCGACCCGAACGCCGGCCGUUUUGUUCGUUACCAGUUCACCUCCGCCUUCCUUCGACUGCGGCAGGUCGGCGCUACCGUCGAGUUCACGGUCGGAGAUAUGCCGAUAGAAAACUUCCGGAUGAUCGAGAGACAUUAUUUCCGGGAGAAGCUGCUGAAGAGUUUCGACUUUGAGUUUGGCUUCUGUAUGCCCAGCAGCAAGAACACCUGUGAGCACAUCUACGAGUUCCCGCCUCUGUCGGAGGACAUCAUCAGAGAGAUGGUCCUGCACCCAUACGAGACGCAGUCUGACAGCUUCUACUUUGUGGACAAUAAGCUGGUGAUGCACAACAAGGCGGACUACUCGUACAGCGGCGGGACGUAGAGACGGAGCCUGCGCCGGAGGAGACGGGUGGAUUUAUGGACCAAAAUGUGGGACGAUCAGAGGACAGCGUUGGCUGCGACAUCCUGUCUCAGUUGUUUUUUUUUGUUUUUUUCUGUAUGUCUUUCUCCUGUUGAGGCGACUCCAUCCAGGAGCUGAUGGGCCUGUGGUGAUCUGCCGGUGUGUCUGUGUGUACUAAGCACCCAGAGAUUUCUGCGAUACAUACACACAAACGCACAGACGGACGCAGACCCGGGCAUCGCCGUAACAAAGUGUGUUCGUAACAUGAUAAACCAGCAGAAAAGUGACGCUUAGAUUUCAGAGUGUUUUUAGCCACGUCAUAAAAAAAAAAAA